UGUAUCCUAGGGGUGGGCCCCCAGGUGGAGGUGCAUAUGCUUGAGCACAGAGCCCUCCCUGUUGAGUGCAAACAAGUCGAGCAGAUUUGGAACCACUGACUCACUCUACCCCUCAUCCUGGACUGUCUCCUCAGCUAAACAAUAGACUCCAGCCAACUUCCCACACUUCUCCAUCUACCACAACUGCUACAUUUGAGUCUCACUGCCAGCCGGCCCGACAUAGUCCUGUCUAGAAUAAAAACGACGGGAAAAAUGAGCAAUAUGGCAACAGAAAUUGUUGCUUUUCUCCUGACCAUAUCUGGCUGGAUCCUGGUGUCAUCUACUCUGCCUAUUGACUACUGGAAGGUGUCCUCUGUGGAUGGGACUGUCAUCACUACGGCAACCUUCUGGUCUAAUCUGUGGAAGACGUGCGUCACUGAUUCUACGGGAGUUUCUAACUGCAAAGACUUUCCUUCCAUGCUGGCACUGGACGCGUACAUCCAGGUCUGUCGGGGGCUCAUGAUUGCGUCCGUGUGCCUGGGCUUCUUUGGGGCCAUCCUAGCCCUGGUGGGGAUGAAGUGCACCAAGAUUGGGGGAUCAGAGACCACUAAAGCCAAGCUCACUGGCCUCUCAGGCCUCCACUUCAUCCUCAAUGGCCUCUGCUCUCUGACUGCAUGCUCCCUUUAUGCACACAGGAUCACAACCGAGUUCUUUGACCCACUUUUUGUUGCCCAGAAGUUUGAACUGGGGGCAGCGCUCUUCAUCGGCUGGGCCGGCUCUGCAGAGUACUCCUACAGCGGGGCUGCAUCAUUGGUAAACACACGCAACCAACACAGAAAAUCUGGUAACGGUUUCCAGAAAGAGCCGAGGGACACUGCUGAACCCUCCAGACAGUUUGGGAGGAACGCCUACGUCUGACAAUGUUUUUAAGAUUUUCGGAUGAAGAAUUGUUCCAUAAUGUUGGUUUGGCAUUUUUAUUCUGCCAUUUCUCCAAUUGUGUGGGUGAAACAGGCAAGCUGUUAAAUCAAUCAGAUUAUGUAAUAUGUCAGUGGGUAUCCAGUCAGUGGGCUAUAAACAAAAUACAUCAGAUAAGUUUGUUUCCUCGGAGAACAGGAAAUUCUGUUUGGCAUGGUACACCCUUGCCCGGUCACCUUGUAAAACUGGGAGAUGUCCAAGUCUCAUGUUGUUGACUGCGUGUGACUCAUAAGGGGUCUAAUGUUGAUCAUGACAAGACACAACCGCACAGGUUCAUACUGAGGGCGCAGCUCUACUGAACAUUUAGUCUCUCACAACCUGUAGUCUAUCUGUUUAAUGACUGUUUUACAGCAAUACUUAGCGUUAGAAGAGACAGUAGACUGACAAAAAUCCUUUGUAAUUAG